AUGCUCGUAAAGCCUUGCGGGCCAGGCUCACACAUAGACAGACAGACCGACAGACGCAACCUUUUCCCACGCAGGAAACUGUCUCGCCCCGGCCAGGGGACAGAGAUUGAAAGCAUGGUACUGAUAAGAGGAGCAGAAUUGCAGUUUUAUUCCUGUGUCACAAUAUUGAUGUCGUUUAAAAAGUGCCUCACUCAGACAUUUACCUUGAAAAUUGGUUUUAUGUAUUGUUGUUUUAAUUUAAUUUUAUUUGGCUGAUUUCUACUGCAGUCCCAGCACCUCAGAAGGGGUAUUUUGGAAGGAAUUGGGAAAGCAGUAGGGUGGAAUAAUGUGCCUUAACAAGAAGCUUCCUUGGAAAUGGUGGGUAGUUGAGUAAAGCAAGGGUAAUGAUUACAAGGAACAGCUAGGGGAGAGCGGGGUAAGUUGAGCCAAAGGGGUAAGUUGAGCCACCCUUGUUUCUAGGAAACAAUACACAAUUAAUAAUUUGACCAAAUAUUUAGGAAGAGGUCUGUGAAGGAAGAAACCACAUGCUAAAAGUGGCAAGCAAGUUAGGUAAAAAAAAAAACAGAUUUUCACGAUGCACUUAAAAGUAGAUACUUUUAAGAUUGUUCUAUACAUGAGUUGGGGUCUCUAUACGCUUCAAUAUGAGGUCCUAAACCUAACAUGAAAGUGUGUCCUUGUAGCUGUGUGGGCUAAUAUAGUCACAAUAUUUGCCUUGGGGUAAAUUGAGCAAAUGGUUGAGCUAAUAGCAAGUUGAGCGAAUUGAAGUGUUUUCUUCCCAGGUGUAAUGCAAGUCAUUAUUGCUGGGAUAUUAGGUAACAACAGGGUCUGGCCUAUGUUUAAAGUGUUUUAAAAAGUACAAAGUGUUUGUUAGGUGUUAAGCCUGUGUUAAAAGAUGCUUAAAAUGAUUAAAAGACAAAAAGCGAUUGUGAUCGUGUUGAAUAUUGUUUGGGAAAUAAAGACAGACAUGGUUUUUAAAAGAUUGUGGUAAUAUUUCAUUCAGUACAGAACUGUGUAGGUGGCUUAACUUACCCUGUCCCAUUUUUUUUCUAAACUGUAACGUUUACAUGAAUUCUGAUUAUUUCCAGGGAUACACAACAUAUUAAAUAUAUGUAGAUAUCUUUGUUAGAAAGAAUACUAUAUUUCCCUUGAUGGGAGUGAUGCUGAAUGUAUAAAUUGGCUCAACUUACACCACUCUCCCCUAAAGGACAGAUAAGGAAAGGCUAUUGGAAAGUGAAACAGAGUGCAACAUUUGGAAAAGGGGAUUUUAUUCCCCCUCACAGCUCUGUGGAAACAAUUCCCCUCUGCUGCUCCUGUGAACAUUAGUAAUCAUUAACAGUCAGCAAGAGUGGAAUCAAACCAGGGACACCCCUUGCAUUGUACUGGAGACAAAAAGUCCAGAAAGUCUUAAUACCAUCUCACUUUGUCCCAGUAUACAUUAAGAAAAGGGCACACUGCUCUGUAACAUACCAGUGACCCCAACUAAUGUACUAAAAGUGCAGGACUAGGGGACUCAUGAGUUUUUACAGGUCUCUGCUACCCCCUGGUGUCUGAAACAUGAUACAUGUCUGUUACCAUGCUAUAGGUGUCAUUGGUUUUGGUUCUCACUCCUACAGAAACCAGUACACCCCACCACAGGGAUCCUAGCCGUGUUCGUGGCACUCAACUACUGUGACGUGGUCCACGUAGCUGGGUUUGGAUAUCCAGCAUCCAAAAGCCAGAAGCAUCCUAUACACUACUACGGAUAUGACACUAUGAAAUCCAUGAAGGUGAGUGUGCAUGGGAUUUUACUCAACUCCCAUGUCAGGGAUGAACACGCUUAAGUGUUAUACUCCAUGGUAGUAGCUUUUUAAGUGCACUUGUGUAUGUUGUUUUCUAUUUUAUCUAGGCAAAAUAAGUGAUGUUAUGUUUAGACUCUGCUUUCGUUCUGUUCCAGGAUUCCUACCAUGACCUUACUCACGAAGCAGAAACCUUAAAAAAACUAGAGGAUUCGGGGGCUAUCCUGUACUUACACCCUCACUCCUGACACACAUACACAAGGUCCAGAAACAGACCAUAUCCCUUAUCUCCUAGAAACGUCAUCAAAAUCUGAAAGGAAUUUUCACUGCACUGCUAAUACCUAUAAAUGUUUUCUUCAGAUCUACACACAUGCCUAGGUGGUAGAGGUUAGCGGGCGUUCAUGGACUG